AUGUCACUCCAAGUUUACAUUCUCUACAAAAGUCUUGGACGAGAGGAAUAUACGUCUAAUGCGAAGGUAUCUCACCAUCAAUUAAUAUUUCGAACGUCAACAGACGAUUUUUAUUGCACCGAAUUAACAAAUGCAGAUGGAAGUUAUUCUUCGGGAACAGCCUCUCUGCAACAGGAGUUUUCCGGCAAAGGACCUAGAGUGAAAUUAACAUUUGAAACAUAUGAAUUUUACAGUGGAACGAUUUAUUAUAAAUCUGUCGGUACUACAUCGAAAAGUUUAAAAGAGAUAAAAAAAUAUGUUAAAGAACAUAGUUCUCAAGAUACUAUCUACGAUGUAUUUAAAAAUAAUUGUCAGCACUAUGUUAGGUCCGUCAUUGAAGAUUUCUUAAAAUUGGGUUAUCCAGCUGGAUUAGUGAAAACAGCUAGCAAACCAAAGGAUCUUGAGGUUCUCAAUCAACAGGCCGAGUCUUCAAGUGAAAAUAGUAGUAGAAGUUCGCAACCUGUAACGGCCCGAAGAUCGUCGCCUGUAAUCACACCAAGAUAUUCACCUGGCACGACACGAAGAUCGUCACCUGUAACGACACGACGAGAAAACAAAAGCAUUCCCUAUGAUAUUUUCCGAUCGGAAGGAGGAGGUUGUUGGGGUCUCCCGCGCGAUUGGAAAUUUAAUCGUUUGGGUAGUUGA